AUGAGGCAAGCCGGAGUAUACUCGGGAAUGGUCUCCGGCGGCAGAACUGGGCCUCACCUGCUGCCGUUGGCCAGAAUAAAGAAGAUCAUGAAGAAGUCCGGCGACAACGUGAAGAUGAUAUCUGGGGAGGCCCCGAUUGUGUUCUCCAAGGCUUGUGAGCUGUUCAUAGAGGAGUUGACGCGGAGGUCUUGGAUGGUGGCCAUGCAAGGAAAGAGAAGGACGCUUCACAAAGAUGACGUGGCAACCGCCAUUGUAGCCACUGAUAUCUUUGACUUUCUUGUCGAUUUGGUGUCGUCCGGUAAUUCUAUCAAUCCUCUGGACUUCUCCCCGGUGGAAAUGGAAACAGUACUGGAGUCUUAA